AUGGCGCAGGAUGGACGCAUGGCUGUGGUGGAGCACCUGAUCCGCUGCGGACACGGCCGAUGGGAAGAUGACACCAAAAUGCGCUGUCGUAUCAUGUGGAAGAAGCCCGCCGAAUGGGCUGUCGAGAUCUACGACUUUGCCAAAGAACACGGCAUGGUGGGCAACGUGUUCACAGUCUAUGAGCUGUACGCGGGGGAGGAAACGCUCGACACAAAUAUCCACGGGAUGGAGCCCUGGCUGCUGCGUGAGGCACUAACGGUGUUGGAAGGGGAAGGAAAGGCCGCGGUGAUCGCUGGAGAAACAUGUGAGGAGGACGGUGUCAAGUUCCUCGCUACAGAUUAG